AUGAAUUCCUCAUCCAGCAGCUACAACGUGUCCAGUCUGUUCAUCGUCGACAGCGCGAGCGCAGCUGCAGCCAAAAACGUGACCGUCCUCGCAGUCGGGAUCAUCAUCAACUACAUCAACGCCACUCUGAUCCACACCUUCAGAAAACACCAGAUAUUUGUCACGAACCCUCGUUACAUCCUCUUCAUCCAUCUUGUUGUGAACGAUAUGAUCCAGCUCACCAUGUCAAUAUCAAUGUUUGUCAUAUCUUACGUCUUCUUCCAAGUUAAUAUUUUCCUCUGUUGCCUCUUGUUAAUCUUGGCCAUUUUCACCACCCUGAACACGCCCAUAAAUUUAGCCGUGAUGGCUGUGGAGUGCUACAUCGCCGUGUGCUUCCCUCUGCGGCACGCUGAGCUCUGCACCGUCAAACGGACUUACGUUCUGAUCGCUUGCGUUUGGGCUUUGAGCUCCGUCGCAGUCAUCCCUGAGUUCCUCUUUCUUUUGGCCACACAGCCUGUGAUGGUGUUUUACUCCACAACGUAUUGUGUUGCUCAAGUUCUGUACCGAAACCCGGUAAGUUCACAAAAGAGGGAGGUUACGUACAUGAUUUGUUUCUCUGGAGUGUGGCUCACCCUCGUCUGCACAUAUUUCAAGAUCUUCUUCGCAGCUCGAGCUGCUAAUUCGGCUGACGGAAAUAAGAAGAAGGCCAGGAACACCAUCCUGCUUCACGGCUUUCAACUGUUGCUGUGCAUGCUGACGUAUUUAGACCCUGCGGCUAUUCGACUUUUUAUGUUGCUACUUCCCAAAUAUUAUCAUCAUAUGAACUUUGUUUGGUACGUCGUUGUCCAUAUUCUUCCCAGGUUAAUCAGUCCCAUUCUUUACGGGCUGCGAGACAAAACUUUUAAACAGUAUUUGAAAAAAUACCUGCUGUGUACUAUCAGACCAGGCAUCACACCCCAUUAA